GAAGUCGAUGAAUUUGUUGUGGUGUACGUACAGUGUACACAUUUAAAACACUUUUUGUGAGGUUUUUGUUUAUAUAUUGUUAUCUAAUGCCACCUAAAAAGCAACCAGAAAAAGGAGGAAAGGGUGGAAGUGCUGCUACUACUGCAAAUAAAGGUAGCGGGAAAUCAGCCGGCGACUCAAAAGGUGGAAGUGUUUCUAACAAAGGUGGCGGAAAAACUACAAAUGACACGAAAGAAUCUGCUUCUAAAGAGAAAAAAGGCGGAACGGCUGUCAAAGUACGUCACAUUUUGUGUGAGAAACAGUCAAAAUGUUUAGAAGCACUGGAGAAAUUGAAAGCUGGACAAAAGUUUCCAGAUGUAGCUGCUGCCUAUAGUGAAGACAAGGCACGGCAAGGUGGAGAUUUAGGGUGGAUGACACGUGGGUCUAUGGUUGGACCUUUCCAGGAUGCAGCUUUCGCCUUGCCCACAUCAUCAGUCAACAAUCCUAUCUAUACGGACCCACCAGUAAAAACGAAAUUUGGCUAUCACAUUAUCAUGGUAGAAGGCAAAAAAUGAGUAUCAUGGUGUUUGAAUUUGAAUAUUUCUGGGCGAUACUUUUGCUAUUUGUAAUGGAACGGAUAUGUUGCCUGCAGGAACAGUUUGACAGAGAUUAUAUUAAAUUACCUGAUCCUGAAAGAUCAAGGGAGUCUAUAAAUUCUGAUAUUGAAGAUUUUUACAGCAGAGAUGUUGGAUUAAAGCUGAGCUUUUUGCGUCUUAGCCGUCUGAUGCAUGUGACUAUGCUCCUGACUCUUGUAUAUUUCUGUAACAUUUGCCUAUGGUUUGUAAUGACCAAGAAUCCUUCGCCCAGAACAUUAAGAUAUAUUUUUAAAAUAGCUAUACCAUCUU